AAACUAUUAAUGCGCGAUUAAUACGUAAUCCAGCCUGGCCACCAGACAGCUAAUGUACACAACUAUGUAUUGUUAAUCGCAAUAUACAAAGAAGAGGAUAUUAUACGUUAAAUGGAAAUAUUGGAGAUUGGUUGCCGUGUAUUUCGGAGAAUGCACCAAUCAAGAGGUCCUCUUGGUAUAUCAAUCGGACCAUUUUCUUUCAAAUUCAGAGAAUUGAUCAAUACAGUAGUGUUAUCAAUGCAUUAAGCAGGAACAUAUACGGAUAGUCAGAUAUGACGCAUAGAAACCUUGCUGUUGUCACAUUGGGGCUGUUAUGUUUGGGCGUGACAAAAGCCCUGACCAUACGGAAUUAUACAGUGUGCACUCCUCUUGCUAUCAAAGCGUUAAGUCAAAACCAGUCAGAGCCGCCUGGUAUCACACCGAAUGUAUCUCUAUCCCAGGCAUUGGGUAUGUACAUCGGCUUUGGCGUGUUUGCAGCUCUUCUUGCUACGGCGUUUAACUACAUACGGAGGGUCAUCUACAAUGAUAAAGACAGCUUGGACACUUGUUUUGAUGCUGGCGGCACAGUGUCGUCUGGGCUCACGGCUGCCACUAUCGUAUCACAAUGGACUUGGGCGGCGACACUAUUGCAGUCUUGCACUGUUGCCAGCAAGUAUGGAAUCUCUGGCUCUUUCUGGUACGCUUCGGGAGCAACAAUCCAGAUUUUGCUAUUUGCAAUAAUAUCGCUAAAGUUGAAGAUUCGGGCACCUGGCGCAAAAACAUUCCUGCAGCUAAUUAAGGCCAGGUUCGAUAAGAAAACGCAUCUCACCUUUUGUGUGUUCGCACUCCUGACAAAUAUGAUAGUAACUGCCAUGUUAAUGUUAGGUGGCGCCGCAGUGAUGACAAACCUAGUGAAAGACUUGAGCGUCCCCUAUGCAACGAUGCUUACAGUAGCUGUAAUAUGUUCCUAUACCUUUAUAGGGGGCCUAGGCGCCACGUUUUAUGUCUCCUAUUUCAACACUGCGUUCAUAUUCGGCAUUAUGACCAUUUUCAUCAUUAAAAUUUACAAUGAUGAGGCGGACAGGUCUAACCAGCUCGGUUCAAUCGAAAUGGUUUACAACUAUGUUUUUUGUUCAACUGGACCCGAAGACAACUUGGAUAAAAGUUACCUGACGAUGAUCUCCCCAUCAGGCCUAAUGUUUGGUUGCAUUAACAUUGUCGGAAACUUUGGAACUGUGUUUGUGGACCAAAGCUAUUGGCAAAGUAGUGUGGCAGCCAAACCAAAGCAAGGAGUAUGGGGGUUCCUGAGCGGAGGUAUGACUUGGUUUGCCGUCCCAUUUACUUUCUCUACUUCAAUGGGGCUCGCCUACCUUGCAAUCAGCGCCGAAGAGGGACGUGCCAUGCUAAGCCCCGGGGACGUAGAUGCAGGCUUAGUGGCACCAAUUGUUGCUCAAAGAUUGCUUGGUGAGACUGGAAGUGUUCUUAUGCUUGUCAUACUUUUCAUGGCAGUCAUAUCAACGGGAUCAGCGGAAGUCAUCGCAGUGACAUCUAUAUUUGUGUAUGAUGUCUACCAAAUACAUAUAAAUCCAUUCAGGGCUGUAAAUGACCCGAACAAGUGCAUACUAUGUGGCAAAGCCAGGGGCAGACUGGGGAAUGUGGAGGAUAAAUGUUCUUGUGAGAGUAUGACGUUCUGUGGUGGCUGCGUACAGGACGACAAAAACAGAGCUGAGUUUUCAAAACCGCUACCACCCGAGUUCAAAUGCCCAACACAUGGCAGGUAUCGUCAAUACAAUGAGAACACAAACGGACUGAAGGAUUGGGUCAUGCUGUUAUCUACGCUCUUCAUCAUACCUCUAACAUUGGUACUGGACGCAUUACAGGUGAGCCUUGGUUGGGUAUACCUUUUCAUGGGAGUCGUGAUUGGCUCUGCAGUUGUACCAUUAGCUCUGUGUAUAUUUUGGUCAAGACUCACCGGUGAAGCCAUGAUGGCAGGGGCAAUAGGUGGCUGUACACUCGGCUUAACAUCCUGGCUGACUAUGGCAGCAAUACGACCAGGGGGACUCUCAGACUUCAUCAGUAACACAGGCGCUGAAACUUCAAUGCUCGUCGGUAAUAUCGUGGCAAUAGCUGGCGGUGCGAUCUUGACAAUUGUCGUGACCUUGGUACAGAACCGUGGCCGAAUCACUGAAGAACAAGAACAGAUGAUUUGGGACAGUACACGAGAUAUUGACAAUCCACUAACACCAUGGACUGAGUUAUACGCAAGAGAAUUGUCUAUUUCUGGGGCCCAUCAGUUGGAUCAAAGGCCAUCAAUGAAAGAGGUCGAGACCGUAUUCAGGAAUGUGAAGAUAACUUGCUACAUUGGGGCAAUUGGCUUGUCACUGAUCCUUGUUGUAAUAUGGCCGCUUGCGAUGUUAUCCACGGGCACGCUAGCUCUGGACGCAUUUCGAGGCUGGGUGUAUGUAGCGGAGACAUGGGCAAUAUCCGCUGCCUUCUUCAUCAUCAUUGUGCCUUUGGUGAACGAAUUCUCAAGUCUGAGAGCACAAUUACGAGAACGAAAGAAGGUGUCAACAACGGACCAACCAAAUGCAAAUGGACAUGUAUUUUCAAAAUGAAGAGAGGAAAAUCAAGGAAAAUUCGAAAACGAGCCAUGGUAUUGUUUGUGGUUUGUUCAGUGUAUGAGAUCUCAUAGUUUUAGUUAAAAAACGUCUGAAAAUAUAUUUCUGGAAAGUUUUUGUAAGGCAAUUGCCUCGCCUGUGCCAAAUGCAUGGCUAAAUUUAAUUUCAGCUAGAAUUGACAUUAUUAAUUUGCAAAAUUCUAUCAGUUACUACGUCAUCAAGUAUUUCACAAAAACAACAUAUUUUCAUAUAUUAUAAGUUCCAACAUGAAAAAUGAUAAUCUAAAACGAUGACUCUAAAUAUAAUUUCAAUAUCGGAGUAAUAAAAUAUGAUUAAAAAUUACAAUACUUGUGCAAUAGCGAAGUCAUAAAAUAUGUUUUAAAACUAUGACUGGAAGUGCUCCUGACUGUUUUUGUUGUGACUUUUUCUUUUGGAGCUAUCUCAAGAGCAUCUGUGCUCACCAUUCCUCCACCAGAUAUUGCAAAAUC